AUGAUUUUUUUCUCGCCUAAUGGAAAGCCUUUUGCCUUUGGCCACCCAGAUGUGAACACAGUUGCUGAUAGGUUCCUUACUGGAAAUGAUCGAGUACUCGAUGAGACAGAGAAACUGAUCCAGGCUCAUCGAAGUGAAAAAAUACUUCAAAAUAACCUGGAACUUACCAAGAUUGAGGACGUAAAAGAAGGUGAAAGAAAGCGUCUAGAAGAACUAGAAGAGAAAAAGAAGGGUGGUCAAUAUUGGUUCCCGCGCCCUAUUGAGGAGCUCAGUUUCGAAGAACUUGUUCAGUUGAAGGAGUCUUAUGCAAAGUUCAUACAAAAUGUUGCAACUGAAACGGAGAAACAAAUGUCUGGUUCGGUAAGUCCACAUCUUCACGGGACGAACCCCGACUCUGGGGGAGGAAAGGAUUUUUCAUUUGGUGCUGGUGGCAGUAGCUCCAAUAAAGACUGA